CUCCCUCACAGGCAUCGAAAUGGGGCUGUGCAGCGGGAAGGGGAUGGGGGGAGCCCCUCGAUGGAGCCGAUAAGAUUCAGGAGCAUGGUGGGAUGGGGGCUGGCCUCAUCCUGUGCUUUCGUCAGCGUGGCCAUGGCUGCAGGCCAGGAGAGAGCAGCAUGCCAGCAAGGAGCAAUCCUGUCCAACCUGUUCCUCCAGGCUCAGAGCCCCAGAACUGGCUGUUGUUCCCAGCUGGGGCACUGGACACCCCAGAGCUCAGGGCCCUGCAGUGGAGGGCAGGCAGGAGGGCAAGGGUGGCUGGCACAGCAGUGGGGAUGCUGAUGGGACCCAGGAAUCCUGGCCCCAAACCAGGAGUGUGACAUGCCCCCCCCGCACCCAUUUUUGGGGUCAGCUCAGUUUGGGUGCUGGACUGAGGAUGUUCAUCUCCCCUGGGGGGCCCAUGGAGGUGCAGCACCACUGGUGCUCGGUCUUAAAUCACCCGCCCUGUAAUGGAUGCCCGGGCUGGAUCCUGGCACCGGCAGUGCCGUGACCCCAGGAUGCUUCUCUUCCUUUGGUGGUUUCCCUGCAAAAGGGGCAGCGGAGGCUGGUGAGGGAGGCGGGGAAAAACAGAGUGGCUGAGACAGGCACAGGACGGAUCCUCUGCAACUUCUUCCUAGCAAACUCCUACCUUACCCAAAAAGCCCGUUUUUGCCCUCAAAGGUUGCAAAACCCCAAGAGGAGCCGCCAGACACCGCGUGUCACCGGGGCGGGGGGCCACAGGGGACCUCUCGGCGGGGGCCAUUCCUGGCCAGCACAGGGGGCUCGUUUCGGCGAUGGGGUCAGCCCUGCCUUCCUGGAAGGUGGCCUUUGAAACCGCCAGCAUUUCCUUAAAGGCUUCUCUGGGGAAAGUCCCGCGGCGCCGUUCCCGGGGCCGGCGCUGUCGCACCGCCUGCUGCCUCCAUAAAACGCGGGCGGGCGCGGGCGGGCGCGGGGACACCGCACCAUGGGCAACUGGCUGGUCAACCACUGGUUCUCGGCCGCCGUCCUCGCAGCCUGGCUGGGCAUCAACAUCUUCCUCUUCACCUACUACUUUCUGUUCUUUGACCGGGACGUGCAGUAUUUCUACACCAGGGCCAUCCUUGGGUCUGCCUUGGCAUGGGCUCGAGCAUCGGCCAAGUGCCUCAACUUCAACAGCAUGCUGAUCCUGCUGCCCAUCUGCCGCAACCUGCUCUCCUUCCUCCGUGGGACCUGCUCGUGCUGCAGGCGGACGUUGCGGAAGCAGCUGGACCACAACCUCACCUUCCACAAGCUGGUGGCCUAUGCACUGGCCCUGCUCACAGCUGUGCACACCAUUGCCCACCUCUUCAACCUGGAGCGCUACAAUCAGAGCCAACAAGCCACUGAUGGCAGCCUCCCCGCUGUCCUCUCCAAGAUGCACCUGCAGGGCAGCAACAAGUGGCUGAACCCCAUCCACUCCAACCAGACGACUGUCGAGUACGUGACUUUCACGACCAUCCCGGGGCUGACGGGGGUGAUCAUCACGCUGGCACUCAUCCUCAUGGUCACGUCCUCCACCGAGUUCAUCCGCAGGAACUACUUCGAGCUCUUCUGGUACACACACCACCUCUUCCUGGUCUACUUCGCUGGCCUCGUCAUCCACGGCAUUGCUGGGCUGGUGCGUGGGCAGACAGAGCAGAGCAUGGCAGAGGUGCCCCCCCACCAAUGCGCCGAGUACCUCCCGCAGCGGGACCAGAACUGCACCCACGACUGCUGCAAAGACCCUGAGUUCGGGAGCAUCCCUGCCGAGUCCUGGAAGUGGGUUCUCGCCCCCAUCAUCCUCUACGUUUUUGAGCGGAUCCUGCGUGUCUGGCGUGCGCAGCAGAAGGUGGUUGUCACCAAGGUGGUCAUGCACCCUGCCCGCGUGCUGGAGCUGCAGAUGCAGAAGAAGGGCUUCCGCAUGGAGGUGGGGCAGUACAUCUUCGUCAACUGCCCCGCCAUCUCCCUGCUGGAGUGGCACCCCUUCACCCUCACCUCUGCGCCCGAGGAGGACUUCUUCUCCAUCCACAUCCGGGCGGCUGGCGACUGGACAGAGCGUCUCAUUGACACCUUCCAGCUGGAAAUAGCCAGGGUCGAGGUGGAUGGUCCCUUUGGCACGGCCAGCGAGGACGUGUUCCAGUACGAGGUGGCCAUGCUGGUGGGAGCGGGCAUCGGCGUCACCCCCUUCGCCUCCAUCCUCAAGUCCAUCUGGUACAAGUUCCAGCAGGCUGACCAGACCCUCAAAACCAAGAAGAUCUACUUCUACUGGCUCUGCCGGGACACAGGAGCCUUUGCCUGGUUCAACGACCUGCUUGCCUCCCUGGAGCACAAGAUGGCUGAGUCGGGCAAGGCAGACUUUCUCACCUACCGCCUCUUCCUCACUGGCUGGAACACCAGCAUUGCCAACAACGUGGCGCUCCACUUCGACACCACUACGGACACAGUGACGGGCCUCAGGCACAAAACCAUCUUCGGGCGGCCCAUGUGGAACAUGGAGUUUGCAGCAGUGGCUGCAGCCCACCCCAGGUCAGUGGUUGGUGUAUUCCUCUGUGGGCCAGAGGCCCUGGCAAAGAGCCUGCAGAAGUCUUGUCACCAGCACUCCAGCCUGGACCCCAGGAAGGUCAAAUUCUACUUCAACAAGGAAAACUUUUAAGUGGCAGUGAGGCUGGUGCCCCAGCAGGCAGGGACCCUGACUGGAUUGCCUCAGCCCUUUUCCAAAGCAAGGCCAGGGAUAAGCAUCUGUGCAUGCACUGAAGCCAGGCAAGACACAGCAAGGUACUCUUCUCCAUGAGAAAUUCCAGGUUCAAAGACUGCUGCCUGCCUGUCCUGGUGUACAAGGGGUCCUCACGGAGCAAGUGGGCCUGUAGCUCCACGCAGCCCCCUCAAUGAGAAACCAGACACACGUGUUGCGUGCUGCUGCCGGAGCAGCAGGAAGCAGCGGGAGCCCAGUGGCUUGGGCAGAACCAGGGCAUGGGGAUGGGGCAUGUGCAUCCAUGCAGGUGUCAGGGGCCAAAUGUGCCCCUCAGGGUUUAAACAGUGCUUUGUGUAAGAGUAAAUUAAACUUUCUUUUC